AUGGAAGCCAGUGACAUUGUAAUAAGUGUGAUCUUCUUAUCACAGACUGCAGUUGGGAUCCUGGGCAACUUCUUUUUACUCUACCAUUAUCUGAUGCUUUACUUUGAGGGGUGCAAGUUAAAGUUCACAGGCUGGAUUCUGCAGCACUUGAUUGUAGCCAACUUCUUAACUCUCCUGUGUAAAGGAGUUCCCCACACAGUGUCAGCUUUUGGUUUGAAAGACUUCCUCAAUGACAUUGGAUGCAAGCUAAGCGUCUAUCUUUACAGAGUUGGGAGGGGUGUGUCCAUCAGCAGCACCUGCUUUCUGAGUGUCUUCCAGGCCAUCACCAUCAGUCCAAAGGCUUCCAAGUGGGCACAGAUUAAAAUUAAGUCUCCCAUUUACAUUACUUCUUGUGUGUACAUGAGCUGGGUCCUGUCAUUCAUAGUAAACAUUGCUGUUCCCAUUGACAUGACAGCAAGACCAAACAAUAGGAACAUUACACGCCUAAGGGUGUAUGUAUACUGUUAUACUGUUCAUCAUGACAAGGCCACUGACAUUCUCAAUGCAAUAUUUCUCCCUGUUCCUGAUGCAUUGUUCAUGUUGCUGAUGCUUUGUUCCAGCUGCUACAUGGUUUGCAUUCUCUACAGACAUAAGCAGAGAAUGAAGCACAUUCACAGAAGCAACUUUUCCUAUGGGUCCUCCCCUGAGUUCAGAGCCACAAAGACAAUUCUGCUCUUAGUGAGCACCUUUGUCUUCUUUUACACAAUUUCUUGCCUCUUACAAAUUAACUUGUCUCUUGCACAUAAUCCAAACUCAUUAUGUGUGAACAUGGCUUUUGUAGUAGAUGCAAGUUUUCCAGCUGUGUGUCCCUUUUUGGUGAUCCGCCAUUAA